CAAUUAGCACUAGGGCCAGCUCCGAGAGUUUGGAGGUCCAAGACCAUUUAGUAAAGACUUAAAAAAUUUGAGGACCUAAAAAUUUUUUUUUUCACAAAUUGAGAACUUAUUUAUAUAUAAAAAUUUUCAAAAAUUUUGGGGGUCUAAGGCGAAUGUUUUGUUGGGCUUGGCCCGGGACCGGCCCUGAUUAUCACAAACAAAUUAUCCUUGUAGAGCUAAUGUGACUUAAACCAACUCACUCCUUUUUUUAUAUAUUAUUAAUGUGGUUGUUAUUGAGUUCCAUGGUUUAUGACACUUCAACAAGAACAAGAAAAACAGGAGUGUGGAUAAGAGGCAUUCAAACACAAAGUCAAUCAAGACCUUCAGAUCUCAAAAUAAUUGAGAAAAAUAGAAGGAUUCAGAUGGAAGAUCUUUACUUAGAACUGAACUCUCUUCUUCCUCAAACCUCUAGGGAGCUACCUCUACCGGAUCAGUUAGAUGAAGCUGCAAACUACAUCAAGGAGCUACAAGUGAACGUGGAGAAAAAUAGAGAAAGGAAGAGGAAGCUUGUUACGACUGCAGCUUUGGACAAAUUGAAUUCCACAGGAUCUUCAUCCAUGUCCUCGAGUGUUGAUGUCUCCGUGCCUAGACGGUUGCCAAGGAUCGAGAUUCAAGAAACCGGUCCGAUUCUUCACAUCUCCCUUGUGACAAGCUUGGAACAUAAGUUUAUGUUCCAUGAGAUCAUUCGUGUUCUCACUGAGGAAUUAGGAGCUGGGCUCACUCAUGCUGGAUACUCAAUUAUUGAUGAUGCCGUCUUCCACAUUUUUGAUUGCAAGGUGGAAGAUUGUGAUUUUGGAGCUACUAGUAGAAUUUCUGAGAAUCUCAAGAAACUUGUGAACAGUGUCAACUAAUAGUCUCCCUAAUGUGUACCCUUUUACAGCUUUUUCUGUUUUCGUUCUAUUUUAUUGUUCCUUUUGCUGAAUUUAUCUUGUAAUGUGAAAAUGAUGUUUCAUAUGAUGAUAUGAGCAUACUAUAUAUAUUU